ACGCACCGCGACGACAAAUCAGAUUUCACUCGGCGACUCGAAUCGGCCGGCGAAUCGACACGGGGAACGAGCAACGGAUGCUAUUGGCGCGUUUGCGGAAUGUUGAGGUUAGUUCCCGUCGCGUCGGUCGUGGGCCCAGGCGCGUACGCGCCUGCAUGUUUGCGCAGUCGAUCCGGAGUGCGCCGUGACUCGGGGAGAGGGAAAGCCGUCAACUAUGGCCGGCGCGGCAGGCAGGCUACGGGAGAAAUGUGGCAGCGGGUUUCGCUUAGUACCGACUUAGACUGCUCUAAGUGGUGGUCGUGUGCACGCUCGCGCCCGUCGUCGCAUCCUCUCGCACGAGCACGCACUAUCGGGUUGUCAGGUCGGAGGAGAUCAGUGCGGAACACGGCCGACGGGGAACGUACGCGACUCGCACAACCGAGCGACGACGUCGACGACGGUAACGACGACGACGACAACAACGACAGUCGGUGGUGACAGUGGUGACAAACCGUCUGCGGCGGUGAACAACGGGUCCAGGCAUUCCGGCGGACUGCUCUCGGCGUCGCACGUGAUUGAUCGUCGUGCGAUUCACGCGGGAAAAAAAGUCACGUCGCGUGAUUCCGCCGCUGUUAUCGCGCCCAAACGCUCGCCCCUGUCAUCAGAGAUCGAGCGAGGGAAAGAGAGAGCAAGGGAGAGAAGCGAGGGGAGCCGCCGGGAGACAUAUUUACAUCGCGGGUAACCUAAAAACCGAUCUCGGCGCAGCGUGAUAUCGGUAGGACGCGCGCGCAUGCGCGUUGCGGCUCGCUCUCGUGCGCGAAUUUCAAGCGAGACGAGCGCGGGGUUCACGUGUUACGUGUACGCGAGACGCGGACAGUGUUGGUGAAGAAGUGCUCCCGCGAGGAAAAGUGCUACGAUUUUGCCGGGCAGUGAGUGCGAGACUACGCGUCGUUUCCGCGAGUCGGUUAUAGGUUCGCAACGUCGGAAGUUUCGCUCGGUGAAACGACCGCUCGUUUCACUCGCGGCUCGUUCGCCAAGAGAGAGAAAAAGAGAGAUCAAUGAGAGCUCAAUCAACUGACGUUGGAAACCGGUGAAAACGAGGGGGAAGGUAAUCGAGCGAGCGUGCGAGCGAGCGACUAGCCAUUUCGCAAAGUAGUAACCGCGCGCGCGGGCGAAUGCAUGACGGAUCAUGGUUUCCGCGUCCGGUCCCAUAUCCACGGGGAUCCUAGCGGGACGCCCUUCUGGGUCGCAGGGCUCGCGGCAGAAUUGUGGCGCGGAGUGCGAGAAGGACGCACAGGCGGCGAAGAGCGCCAAAAGCCGGCACGAGUCGGACCUCUACGUCAGGCCCAGCUGGACGGACGCCGCGAUAGCGUUGGAUCAACUCGAGAAAGGGAAGGCGGAGGGUCAGAGGUCGGCGGUGUGGAUCAGGGCGCGACUGCAAGAUCAACUGAGUCAGCUGGGUUACUUCCUGCAGAGGCAUGCUGGGAAAGUGCUGUUCGUCGCGAUCCUCGCGCUGGCGACGUUCUGCGUCGCCCUCAAAUCCGCGCAGGUUCAUAGCAAGGUCGAGCAACUGUGGGUGCAGGAAGGCGGAAGGUUACAGAAAGAGCUGACCUACGCCUCGGAGGCUCUCGGCGAAGCCGCCGCCUCGACGCACCAGCUCGUCAUCCAGACACCGAGGCAUUCCGGGGCAAAUAUCUUGCACCCGACCGCGCUCAAGGAACAUUUGACGGUCCUGAAGGCUGCGACGCAGGUUAAGGUGCACCUGUUUGAGAUCACGUGGAGACUGAAGGACUUGUGUUACGCGCCGAGCAUACCUAACUUCGACCUGCACUACAUCGAUCAGAUUUUCGACAGUAUUAUACCGUGCGCCAUCAUCACGCCCCUUGACUGUUUUUGGGAAGGCAGCCAACUUCUAGGUCCGGAAUAUCCCGUUCAUAUACCCAGUGGGGCGUACAACAAACCCGUCCAAUGGACGAACCUGAAUCCUUCCAGUAUGCUGGCCGAGAUGAAGAAGUUGCAGUUCGCGUUUCCCUUUAAAACGCUCGAGGACUACAUGAAGAGGGCCGGAAUAACGAAUGGCUAUCAGAGCAAGCCGUGUCUGAAUCCGGCGGAUCCGGAAUGCCCAGAAACCGCGCCUAACAAAAAAUCUCAACAGGUACCUGAUGUAGGAGCCGAACUGACAGGAGGCUGCUAUGGAUUCGCCGCUAAGUAUAUGCAUUGGCCCGAAGAACUGGUGGUCGGCGGUGCAAAGCACAAUAAAACGGGCCACUUGACCCGGGCAGCCGCCUUGCAGACUGUGGUGCAGUUAAUGGGAGAACGGGAGCUGUACGACUUUCUGGCGAACACUUACAAAGUCCAUCAUAUGGAUUGGUCACAGGAGAAGGCCGCCCAGGUGUUGGAGACCUGGCAGAGAGCGUUCAGUAGCGAGGUGAAGAAAGUGCUGGAAGCCAACGGAUCGACACCCUACAAUCUGUAUGCCUUCAGUACGACUACGAUGAACGACAUACUCGGAAAAUAUAGCGAGGUGUCCGUCAUGAAGAUCGUCAUCGGAUGCGUGCUCAUGUUAGUGUAUGCGGGAGUAGCGCUCCUUCGUUGGAAGGAUCCGGUGCGCUCACAAGCCGGAGUGGCGAUAGCCGGCGUGAUGCUCGUCUGUGCCACGGUAGCCGCCGGGUUGGGCUUCUGCGCGCUCUUGGGAAUCCCGUUCAACGCCGCCACGACGCAGAUAGUGCCAUUUCUCGCGCUCGGUCUGGGCGUACACGACAUGUUCCUGCUAACGCACACGUACGCCGAGUUGUCAGUGAACGAGGUGCCCAGUGGCGAGCAGACCGGAGUCGUCCUCAAGAGAACCGGCCUGUCGGUGUUGCUGACGGGCCUCAGCAAUGUCUCCGCCUUCUUCGCGGCAGCAUUAAUCCCGAUUCCGGCUCUGCGAGUCUUCUGCCUGCAGGCCGGUAUCCUACUGCUGUUCAAUUUGGCCGCCAUGCUGCUGGUGUUCCCCGCGAUGGUCAGCUUAGAUUUGCGCCGCAGGCGUUCCGGACGAGCGGAUAUUCUCUGUUGCUGUCUCCCGGCGUCACCUAACUCCAGCAAGAACAAAUACUCCACGAAGAACAACGGCACGGUCAAGCAAACGGUCACCAGGGCGAUACCGCCUGAACGACGAGAGACCUGCACGCAGAUCUUAACGUCGCAAAACGCACAGAACGAAUCCUGGAUAGGUGGAAGCAUCGACGUGGAAUUGGACAAGCAAUGCACCGAAGAGGACGCUCUGACUGGUUGCACGCAAGACGACUGCCUGAGUUUCUCAUUGACACAGCUCGCGGCAAGGUAUUACGCACCCUUUAUCAGCAGACCAACCACCAAGGUGUUCGGCAUGUUUGUCUUGGCGGCCGUGUUGGCCGGCAGCAUGUGGCAAGCAUUACGUGUGCGCGAUGGUCUCGACCUGACCGACCUGGUGCCGCAGAAUUCGAAUGAGUACGCAUUUCUUGCCGCCCAAGCGAAACACUUUGGCUUCUAUAACAUGUACGCCGUGACCGGUCGGGACUUUGAAUACCCGAACAAUCAGCGACUACUGUACGAGUACCACGACGCGUUUAUGAGGAUCAAGAACGUUAUCAAGAAUGAUAACGGCGGUCUGCCAGAGUUCUGGCUCGGCCUCUUCCGCGACUGGCUCAAGGGUCUACAGACAGCUUUCGACAAGGACUACAACAAUGGCUGCAUCACGCAAGAGAGAUGGUACCAGAAUGCCAGCGACGAGGCGAUUUUGGCGUACAAACUGCUCGCGCAGACCGGCUACGUGGAUAACCCUAUCGACAAGACGCUGAUCACACAGGUGCGCCUUGUCGAUUCCGACGGCAUCAUCAAUCCACGCGCCUUCUACAACUACUUGAGCGCCUGGGCGUCCAACGACGCGCUUGCCUACGGCGCCUCUCAGGCGAACCUCAGGCCCGAACCGCGUCAGUGGUUCUACACUAACGACCAUGAGCUCAAGAUCCCAAAAAGCAUGCCGCUCACGUACGCCCAGAUGCCAUUUUACCUUCACAAGCUCACCGACACGCAGGAAAUCACCGAGUUGAUUGCCAGCGUGCGCAAUCUCUGCAGAAGAUUCGAGGAACGUGGCCUGCCAAACUUUCCGUCCGGCAUACCUUUCCUCUUCUGGGAGCAGUACAUGGAUCUGAGAAGCUGCUUGGGCUUCGCUCUCCUAGCCGCGUUGGGCGCAAGCAUAGUGGUGAUCGGUGUGCUGUUGUUGAACUUGUGGGCUGCACUGAUGGUCGGCUCUUCUUUGGCUGCCGUUGUUCUACAACUGUUAGGCAUUAUGGGUCUGUGCGACAUUAAAUUGAGCGCCGUACCUGCGGUACUGCUAGUGCUCAGCGUGGGUAUCGCUGUUCACUUUACAGUGCACAUUUGCUUGAGUUUCGUCACCAGCGUAGGCAGUAGGGACCGCAGAAUGCGCUUGGCCUUGGAGCACAUGUACGCGCCCGUGAUCCACGGCGCGCUUACCACGCUGCUCGCGGUAUCGAUGCUCGCCUUCUCCGAGUUCGAUUUCAUAGUCAAUUAUUUCUUCCUCGUGCUGCUCUGCCUGAUCGGCAUCGGCCUGAUCAAUGGUAUCUUCUUUUUCCCCAUUCUGCUGUCACUGGUCGGACCGUCGGCGGAAGUAGUGCCGAACGAUCAUCCGGAUCGUAUAUCCACGCCUACACCGCCGCCGUCGCCAAUCGUGAGGAGAUCCAAGCCACCUGCGCCACCCAGGCGAUCGCACAGAAUCGAUAACGCUCGACUGCACGCCGAACCGUCGCUCACGACCAUCACCGAGGAGCCCAAUUCGUGGCACAGCACACAGGAGUCCUGCAUCAUCGUCCAGCCGGAGGUCAAGGUGGAGACCACGUCCACGUGCGGCAAUCAGAACUGUAGCGGAUCGGACACGAGUGGGUCUAGUCAAACGUCGCCGGUUCCGUCCACGUCGCAUAUCACCACUAAGGUCACCGCGACGGCGAACAUUAAGGUCGAAGUUCACACGCCGUUAACCAUAGGUGGAGUGGAUCGUGGUGAAAAAUGCCGGCACACGGGCACCAGCAGCCGAAGGAGCUCGCGCUGCAGUACGAACGUUAGUGCUGGGGAGUCUUCCAGCUCCAGUCCUGAACCGGAUACGGAAUCUAACCCAAAACACUAAUAACAAGUACCGAGGAGACCGGCAGCUACUGCUCAAGUACCACGCAAAGCGGGAACACACAGAAGGCUGACUAGGAUAGGUAAUAGGUUUCUCCAUCCCCCUACCCCCAACUUCUUUGCCCCUUUUCCUUGCUCUUUUCAAAUCUGACGACCGCUUCUUCUCCUGGAGUGAAUAACAACGCGACACGAUUGUCUUGCUCGGAUCUUAAGAACGAAAAGUAUUAUAAUAACGCGCGCAACUCUGCCGAGUGCGUCUUCGCACUGUGAAAGAAGAAAACGUUCUUGUCGUGUGUUUAAUUUACCUCUUACGAUCACGACACUCUUCACUCACAUAUUGUGUCGGAACGUUUCAUCUUUUCGGACACUAUAUUUAAUAACGUCCGCGAUAGCGCAACCUACAAAAGUAGAAUCGUUCCGAUCCUGAAGCUUCGUAAAAUAGUUCUCCUGAACACUUAAUCGGCGUAUCGCACGUGGGAUGAUAUCAGCAGGAGCGAUCACGUGUACGAGAUGAACCUUAAUAGAUCAAUCUAAUAGUCCGUUUUAGAUAAAUUUAUUUAAAUUGACGUUUUACACUGUAAUAAGGGCGAUUUGCACUGUAUACUACCGAGAGGCACGCAAGGAUAUCGCGCGGCUCUCACUCUUACGAUCGUACAAGGCAACCUACUUCCGUUCGUCAAAGCGAGACACACGUCAGUAUGUUGGUUAUAGUAGUAUCGAUAAGAUGCCUGCCGAAUGAGAAGAAGCGUGUUCACUGCGAACUGUACAUACCUGCCACGUAGGUAUUUAACUAGAAAGCUAAAGGCUACUGCCACUGGAACGCGACCUGUCUCCUAAAUGUAAUCGCGAGGUCCUGAGAGAACGAUGACGACGACGCCGCUUCGCCGAAUCGAAGGGACUUUAUGCGUUUCAGAUAUUACUAUUUAUUUUCUACGUUAAUCAUAUUGUGUAACGUGCAAUGUAUAUAUGUCUACAAGCGCGCUACCGAAUCUCUCUAAGAUCUAUUUAUUAUUUAUUUUAAUUCCUCUGCGUCUCGCGCUGUCGCGCGGCUGUACGAAAACGGUGCAAGCUGAAUAGCACGAUACCCACUCACCACUCACUACUCACCACGUCACCACUCUUGUCCACCACUCUCGCGCGACAACUUGUAAAAAAAAUAUAUUAUUUAUGUCGGAGUAAUACAGAGUAUUCUUAUCACGCACGACACGGUACUUAAUUUAACGAAGUAUCUAUUCCUAUUCUCACAUUCAUACCUCUAAUAUGUAUAAAGUUGUAAUAUAUGUCGUACCGUGACACUACACACUCAUUUGCACAACGUCUUCACACACGUCUCUUCUUCCUUUUUUUCCGGUGAAGUUAGCAGCGCACCAAAUUGACACGAUCACGAGCAACCGCGCUCUCGUGGGGGCUUGCGUUUGCGUUUGUGACAUUGGAUAUCUCGUGUAUUGUCACUUCCUGUCAUAACCGAUCAUCGUGCAAGCUCGUGAACAGUUGUGACCAAUUUGAUGAUGCGUGCCUAACUUGGCCGGAAAAGAGCGUGUGCAAGCGAGUGUACAAUAAUCGCUGCGUCAAGCAUUUGUCGUAAGGUGUGACACCCAUUAAAUUAUGUAUAAUGUAGGAAAAAGGAGAUUUUUGUUAUAUAUGUGUGUGUGUACGCGUAUAUACACGUACAUAUAUAUAAAAGAAAUAUCGAGUCAAUUUUGUAUACAUAUGCGACACGACUAGCUGUUAGUAUUUAAAGCGACGGGACGCGUGUCCGUGCGACGCGGCUUUUGCACAUUGUAUAAAGUAUAUUCUGUAUAAGUUCGGAAGGGAAAAAAAUAGUCAAUAUACCUCUAAUAUACGUAUAAAUUGCACCAUGACUCUAUUACUUCGAACAUUUCUCUCUUGUACGUAAUUAUUUUUGUUGUAUCGAGUGUAGGAGUGAUUACUUGUACCAUUUAUAAUCCUAUCUUUUGUAAAUAUAGUAACAUUGUACUAAAA